UGCAGCGCUGUGCGCGUGCUGUGUGUGUCGGGAAGUGACGAGGGUGGGUAGAGACGGGUGUGGGGGAGCGAGUGGAAGAAAAGCUGCUGUGGCAGCGCGCGGAGGGGUUUUCAAGACCCGGUUCCACGUCUGGCUGGGUCUGUGUGUCUGUGGUGUCUGAGACUCGACAGUCCCUCCCUCUAUCCAUUCACAGCUCCCACACCCCCCUUACCCUUCCCACCACAUGCAGCACAAGGGAAGCUGAGUACUUGACCAACACACAUCGGUAACAGUCAUAUCAUCACUAGGGAAGACGUGCGAGUGUCCAAGAAGUGAACAUCAGUGGAAUAUAAGUGAGCUGUGUGGCCAGUCAGGGUCACAGAAAAUUGACACCAAGAUGCCAGGGGUUGGGUUCAUUCGCGUGAAACUUCUGCAAGCAGAGACUGGUCCGAAUGGCCCAGCUUUGACUGACCCUUUCCUAGCCAUUAACAUCAAAGAGGCUGUGGAAGUCCCAGGAAGAGGUACGCAGCUGGUACAAAAGAAACGAACCCUGUACCCAGAAUGGAACACCUGUUUCGAUGCUCAUUUGAACCAUGGUCGUGUAAUCCAAAUGGUGCUCAUGGAACGUCCAAACACAUCACUGGCUGAUGUCAGCAUAGGAGCAAAGAUACUGGCUGACAAGUGUGCCGAUGGCAAUGCAACCAGAACCUGGCUUGACUUAAGACCACAUGGAAGAAUAGAGGUGCAGAUACGUUUCUUCAAAGAAGAUGACAAUGGCGCCAUUUUAUCGCCCAGUGUAACUGGGAGAGACAAACCAGGUAUUGUUCGACGUGGUGCCAUGAAGCAGCAAAAAGUCCAUGAGGUCAGAGGUCAUCAGUUCAUUGCUAAAUUCUUCCGACAACCCUCCUUCUGUUCGUUUUGCAAUGAAUUCCUCUGGGGACUGAACAGACAAGGGUACCAGUGUAAAGUGUGCCAUUGUGCCGUCCACAAGAAAUGUCAUGACAAAAUUCUGGGGAAGUGUCCAGGUAGCGCUAAAGAGAGCAGAGAAACAAUGUUAUUGACAGAACGGUUCAACAUCAAUGUACCACAUCGAUUCAAGACCUACAACUACAUGUCGCCAACCUUCUGUGAUCAUUGUGGCUCAAUGCUGUUUGGUCUUUUUCGUCAGGGUCUUAAGUGUGAAAUCUGUAAUACCAACUGUCAUCACAAGUGCCAAAAGUUUAUGCCCAACCUGUGUGGUGUCAAUCAGAAAAUGUUGGCAGAGGCCUUGCGACAGGUUCGCAUCUCAUCAUCUGACCGGCGGCGUCCUACACUUCCUGGCACAUCUCCCACAGGUGACAUGCCAGAACCAGAUGAGGAUGAAAAGGAGGAGAGUGAGGAUGAAUCAUACCAGGAGAUGUGGAGCGAGUCGGAGUCUGGACUUCCCAAACGUGCUCCGACUGUUGUGCGGAAGUUUACACCUGAAGAUUUCCACUUUCUCAAGGUUCUUGGCAAAGGCAGUUUUGGCAAGGUGAUGCUGGCAGAGCAGAAAGGUACAGGAAAGUAUUAUGCCAUCAAGGCACUGAAAAAGGAUGUGGUGCUGGAGGAUGAUGAUGUGGAGUGUACGAUGAUUGAAAGGCGUGUCUUGGCGAUGGGGAGCAAGCAUCCUUUCCUUACUCACCUUCACAGCACCUUCCAGUCACCAAGUCAUCUCUUCUUUGUGAUGGAGUACCUGAAUGGAGGAGACCUUAUGUUCCACAUACAGUUGUCUGGAAAAUUUGAGUUCCAACGGGCACAGUUCUAUGCAGCAGAAAUUGUGUGCGGCCUGCAAUUCCUGCAUUCUAAUGGUGUCGUAUACAGAGAUUUGAAACUGGAUAACGUUAUGCUGGACAAAGAUGGUCAUAUAAAGAUUGCCGAUUUUGGAAUGUGCAAGGAAAAUAUUUUUGGUGAAAACCGAGCAUCAACAUUCUGUGGAACACCGGACUACAUAGCUCCAGAAAUACUGAAAGGUCUUAAAUACAACUCUUCUGUGGACUGGUGGUCCUUUGGUGUGCUGCUCUAUGAAAUGUUGAUUGGUCAGUCUCCCUUCCAUGGUGAUGAUGAAGAUGAUCUCUUCCACUCCAUCCUACAUGACACCCCACGCUACCCACACUCAAUGCCAAAGGAGGCAGCUGCCAUGCUUAGCCUGUUGUUUGAACGCAACCCUGUUGAACGUCUGGGCAUGCCUGGAUGUCCUCAUGGCCCGAUACGCUCACAAAUAUUCUUCCGCAACAUUGACUGGAGCAAUUUAGAGGCUAGGAAAGUGAACCCUCCUUUCCGACCUAAAGUGAAAAAUGAUGGGGACAGUUCUAACUUUGACUCUGACUUCACUUCAGAACGUGCCCAGCUUACACCCCCAGACAAGGAACUUCUGAAAACAAUGAAUCAGCAUGUUUUCAAACGGUUCUCAUUCACCAGUGCAGAGGCACUUGCAUCAAACUGACCGAACAUUUUGCUUGCACAAUCCACUAUUUUCAUCACUAUUGACACAGUUGUAGUCAUAUCCCUAUCAGCCAUGUAUAUAAAUCCUUUUUAGUCUGAGAGCCCUUAAUGUUUCAUGGGCUGUUUGACUGGUUGUGUUUGCAGCAUGAAGAGUAAGAGUAUGGUUUUAUCUCUUGAAGGCAAAAUGCUUUUUUCCUUUUAACUGACAAAAGUGAAGAGCACUACCUAAACGGAUGACAAUGUUGUGGACUAAGAAUUGGGCAUAGUGGAAGAUUCUGGAUAUCUGAGAACUUCUGCAUCUGAAGAUUAAAUUUAUAAAACCCCAUUUUAAACUGAGGCUGUAAGACAUGCCAUAAAUGUGUUUUCAUAACACUCUGAACAUCGAUACUGAUACCCUCGAUAAUGUGAUUGUUUCCCCAUCUGGACGUGAAAUUUACUUGACAUUUAUAACCUAUAUGAUGUGAAUGUUUCACCUUUGGAUGCGAAACCUACAUUAGUUUGGGUGUGUUUUCACAGGUUAGUGUUAAUAAAGUGUGUGUGCAGAUGUAAUGUAUGUAUGCAGCAGUGUGUGUGCGUGGAUGUAGACAUGCAUGCAAUUGUUAACAAGGACUGAAUUCUGGUAUACUGUCCCCUUGUGCCAUGUAUAAAAAGUGCUAAACUGCUACCCCCACCUACACAACAAAGCGGGACAUGAAGUAUAUUUUUAUUGCACAUCUGAGUAAAUGGUGUUGACAAUUUAGAAUUUUAACUAUGUAUACAGUGAAAACAAGCACUGCACAGUAUUUCCUUUUGCUUCUACCUUUUUAUGCUUUCAUGCAUGCAUGUUUUUGAUGUUUUAUAACCACUAACACUAUCCAGAACUGUUUUAAGGACAUAACUCAGCUACAAUUUCCACCACAUCUUUUGUUUUUUAGAACAUUUUGUGUGAUGAAAACCAGUGUGAUUAUUACAAACAUUUUCUCAAGAGCCAUAGAAAUAAAUUUAAGCCACAACUCACCAACCACAUGUGUCCAUUUUGUCUUUGAGGGCAGAUGCAGCGGAUCUGGAUGUUGAGAUUCGCUGUUUAGGCUGUCUUCACACCGAUAGAUUAGCUAUCAUUCUAGCAGUUUGGAGUUUUCUUGCUCUGCGAUAUUCUAUAAAAAACAGAGUUGCUCUUUGCUGUCACAAAAUUGAUAUGCCUAACACCUCUUGCUAUCUGGAUAACUACAUAAAUAGAAAAUUUGACAAAAUUUGCUUGCUUUUUUAAGGACAGUUUACUGAUAAGUGGAUAAAUGAGCAGUUAAACGCUGGUAUUCAAAUCACCACCCUCACUAAAAAAAGCUAGUUCCAGGAUAAGUGCAGUCUUAAAUAUGCCUGAAGGAUUGUGGGACUACCCUCAUUUAACCUUUGACAAUUAUCAGUAUAAUUACUAACACUCAUCAGACAAAAACAGCUGCACAAGAAUAUUUCUGUCCUACACGCAGGCUGGCCACUGCUCUGCAAGUUUUAUGCAUAGGUCUUUUAUCUCAAUGUCAGACCAAGUGUACUCAGUUAUGAUAAAUGAUCUUUCGAAAUACUUAACUUCACUAAACAAUAAUUUCAGUUUGGAACAAGCAUUAACUAAGCACAUAAUAGAGAUAAGCUCGAGAUGAAUAGUAUUCUUUGUUUUUCUAUCAGAUACCAGAGGCUGAACAGGUAAAAAAAAGGAACAUACUUUCAGGCACUUGACCAGAUUUGAAACAUAAAUUCUUUAAAGUUAAAUCAAACGUACAUAGCUGGAAAACCACAGUUGCCUAUUAAGAAAUUCAAAUGUAAAGUGUAAAUGUGCUCAAAAUACAGCAAAAAGUAUUAUUCAGAUAACCAGUAUUCACGCAGAAAACUUCCUUACAUACUGUUUUCACCUGUUUUGGCUCUAAUAUUUGUUGUUGCUGAAGGUCUCUCUCGCAGAGUGAUUUAUAUUUUUCUUGGUGUAUGUUGCUUUGCUUCUGCAAUUUUUGCUUUGAUUGGAAGCCAAAUAAUGUAAAAAGUGACAAAAUUCAGGCAUUUUGCUUCUUUGUGAAUUGUUAAUGUGAUACCUGCCUUUCUGUGUUUAAAAAAUUAUAUUUACAUAUAGCAAUCUUUACAUAUAUGCCAUUCUUGCGCUGUUGUCGGCAGUAUGUUGCGUGUACGGUGUGGCAAGCUCUUAUUUGUGAUGAAUUCCAAAUAAACAUCACAAGAUUCUGA